GGCGGCGGGUGCCAAGAUGGCUGCGCCCACGGCGGAGGGGCCCCGCGGCUGAGCUGCCGUACGGCCCCGCGGGGACCAUGGACGUGCUGUUCGCGCUGCUCCGCGGGCUGCGCCUGCUGCUCGACCUGCUGCUGCUGGUGCUCGACCUCAACUUCUUCCUGGUGUCCUCGCUGGUGUCCGCGCUGCUGUGGCUGCUGGCCGCGGCCUCCAGCCUGCCCGCGGCCGCGGCCGCCGCGGCGGUGGCGUGCUGGGAUGCGCUGGUGCUGGUGCGCGGGUGCUGCGGGGCCAUGGAGGGCAUGCGGGCGGCCGGGCACCUGGCGUCGCACCUGGCGUCGCACCUGGCGCUGCGGGGCCGGGAGCUGGCGCAGCGCGGGCUGGGCGCCGUGCUGGGCUGCGGGCAGGCGCUGGGCCGGCAGCUGUGCGAGGCGCUGGCCAUCGGCACCAGCCUGCUGAUGUACCUGGUCAACAGCCUGGUCAACGUGUGUCUCAUCGGCGCGCAGAACCUCUUCACGCUGCUCGCCGCCCUCUGGGACUCGCUGGCCGGGCCCGUCGUUCGGGUGGCCGAGCUGCUGGCCGCGUUCCUGGCGCACGUGUCCAGCGGCGCCAUCGCCGUGUCCAUCCUGCUGUGGUCGCCCUGCCAGAUGGCCUUCGAGCUGCUCUGCUCCGCCACCGAGCUCUUCAUCAGCGUCUUCUUCGUCAAUGUGUACGGCCUGGGCUUGCUCCUGCUCAUCGUGGUGGUCAGCGCCUUCGCGUUCAACCCCGGGCUGCUGUGGACGCUGACGGGCUACCUGCUGGGCUACUUCCACACGCUGCCCUCCUUCCGCCGCCUGCAGCGCGACGUCUGGCGGCUCUACCAGGUGGCCGUGCUGACCCUGGGAGUGGCCAUGACCUCCCAGCCCUGGCGCAGGCUGGUGGACUGGAUCCAGCAGGUGACCAACUGGAGCCAGGGCGGCAGGAUGGCCAACCAGGGGAGCGACCAGCGACGGGCCGUGGGUGCCCCCAGAGCCCCGGCCACCGACAGGGUGACCCUGGGCCAGCUGCUGGCCGAGCUGGAGGAGCAGCUGGAUGCAGAGCAAGGGCCACAGCCACGUCCUGCUCUGAGCCGUGCUGGGGCUGGGCAGCGUCCCCAGACACCCAGGGAGGAGCCGGGCACGUCCUGGUGGAAAGCCCCGAGGAAGCAGCGGCUGAACGCGACGGCCGGGAGCGCUGAGGGAGCCCCCGACAACGACCCCUGGGUGCUGCUGAAAGAGCAAGAGGAGCGUAAGAAAUGUGUCAUCUGCCAGGACCAGACCAAGACGGUCCUGCUGCUGCCCUGCAGGCACCUGUGCCUGUGCCAGGAGUGCACAGAGGUGCUCCUGCAGCAGGACAUCUACCAGCGCAACUGCCCCCUGUGCCGCCAGGUGAUCCUGCAGACCCUCAACGUGUACCUGUGAGCCCACGGGGGGCGUGGGCUGUUUUCCCAGGAGGUCAAGGGCACCCCUGUCUGCACUUCCCAGGGCUGCCUUGAGCAGCUUCCAAAGAACUGUGGAUGGUGCUGGAAGGGCAGAACGCUGAGGGGUGUCUGCUGGUCACAUUUGCUGCCUAACUAGGUUGUAGCUCUUGCUAGCAAGCACAAUACUGAUCUCUGCAGCGGG